AUGGUCUUUCAGAAUGUCAGGUGGCGCAAAUGGAAAAGAUUAAUGGUCUUCAGUUUGGGGGGUCAAUUUCUCUUCUGUACCAUGUGUGUCACCUACGCUCGUUAUGGAAAGGAUAAAUUCUUCUCAGAGCACUGGCGGUACGCAAUUCCUGUUACCUUAAAUCAAACGCGUUCAUGGGCAUUUUGGCAAAAUGGCAUAACACCCAGUGAGAGAGCAUGUGCAGAAGCAUGGCUUGAUGCUAUGAACUUUAAAUUACCAUCAAAUGAUAAAUUUGCUUCAAAGUUUAUCCUACAGGAUACACUGUGUUUACUCUGUAAUCGGACUGAGUGUGCUAAUGCGAUAGCAUUCCUACAGAAACUUCUCCCUAUACAAACGACAUCAUAUUGUAUGGAGAUACGUAAAGAGAAACAAGAUUCAGUGGUUUUCCUUCACCUUAAGCUAGAGACAGAUUUUACGAUGAAACUACCUUUCUCUACAGUUCAACGCAGGUUUAUUUUUCCCUCGAUUGUGAGCCUUCAAUUGGAAAAUAAAGACAGUCAAACCCGAAUUGCUGCGGCAGAACACCGUUGGUUUGGUGGACCACUUGUAUCAUUCCAAAGCACAUCUAUAAGCUCACCGUGGGGAGAUAUUGGCGAUUUGUGGCGUCGUUUUAAUGGUUUUGCCGUCUCGUCUGUCAUGGGUAAUGGACAUGUUCCUGGGUGA